CUGUGUUGUCCGGCUCGAGUCUGCGCAGUAGAAGCUGAUCAGAGCAGGAAUGACCUGUCGGUCCCAGAUGAACAGAAACGCUUCGUUUUCUUUCUUUUUCUAAAUUAUCUUGCAAGUAAUGUGUUCGGACUUUGAAUUUACACCUCAGUACUUAACAUCUGUCACGACCUCCAGUUUGUUGGUAGCCGUUAGUCAAAGUUGCUCAUACAUUUGUUACCUAUUCGCUUUUAUCGAGAGCACUUCCGGAUAAAACACCAUGGCUGCUCCUGAUGAACAGCAGACAUUCACCCUACAGGAGGUGUUCAAUAACUUCAAUCUGUGUCUGUCCGACGAUAAAGAAGUCUAUCUGGAACACUACGUCGCAGGGUGGCGUAGUCUUGUAAAGUUUCUGAACAGCUUGGGGAGUGUGUUUGGCUUCAUUUCCAAGGAUGCUGUCAACAAGAUCAACAUCCUGGUGACUCACCUGGAUGGUGAGAACGGGUCUCAGUAUGUCACUGUCCAGUCCAUGGUCAAAUAUGAGCUGGAGAACAAACUAGUGGACCUGACCAAGGGAGGCAGCCACCCAGAGUCCGGCUGCCGUACUCUACUGAGGCUCCACCGCGUGCUGAAGUGGCUGGAGCUCUUCCUGGAUCGCCUCCGCACCAGCAGUGAGGACAGCAAGACUUCUGUCAUGUGCACAGAAUCAUACAAUGAGUCUCUUUCCCAGCACCACCCCUGGGUGGUCCGCACGGCUGCAGGCAUGGCCUUCUGCAUGCUCCCAGGGCGACUUGCUUUCUUUGAAGUGAUGAAUGUGGGCUCCCCAGAGCAGGUCGUGGCCACGCUAGGGGAGGCUCUACCUCUGAUCUCUGAGGUGUACCAGAUCACAGAGGACCUUUACGCUCAACAAAACCUGCUCAACUUACCAUAGAGAGCAAAAAGUGCUAUUAUUUGCCACUUCAUACAUUACAUGAUUUAAUAUGAAGAGCUGUAAAGCUAACUGCUACUGUAUUUGGUGACUUCAGGGUUGUUCAUUCUCUGUACAGUGUUAUUAAUUUAGCCGUCACUGACACAAAUCUGCACCUACUGCAUUACCAGUUUUUAUUAUACAAAAGUACUGUUAAUUGUAAUGUUGCAUGUUUAUAAUGUAAUGUACUCUUUGUAAUGGACCUCUUUUAAUUCAACUUUUGCUUGUAGAUGUAUUUGUUUUUAAUGUAAGUAGAUGAAGGGAAUAGAGGGGGCCAGAAGUCUUUGCCCACUGCCAAUCGCUGUUUGUUAUGAAUUAUUUAUCAAAAAAGAAAGCAAAAGAAAAUGAAUCUGCCAUUUGACAAUCGAUUCAUCAUUGACACCAAACACCAAACCUCUGAUGGUUCCAGGUUCUGAAAUGUAAGAAAUGAGCUGCUUGUCUUGCUCUUACAUCAUAGUAAAUUUCAUAUUUUUCGGUUUUUGAGAGAUUCAAAAUAAAUUAAAUAAUAAAAAAAUCAUAUAGCAGUUUAACCAAACCACAUACCACACCAUUUUACUUAAAGGAAAAAAAAGUGCAACCUUAGAAAUGAUUUUUGGUAACUUCUGAAACAAAAGUUUUUAGUAGUGGACUCCGAGUUGUUAACCCCACUGUAUAUGAUCACAAUGCAACUUUUAAUUGAAUGUAUAAAUGACAAAAUACACAGUCAUUCUUUAUUUGAAGUGAUUGGGGAAUUGUUUUACAUGAAUGUACUGUACUAUAUAUAUUAUAUAUAUUUACCAUUAAUUCAAACCGAAUUUAUAAACAGUAGCUUAAUGAAAAAAAGUCCACUUGGUUGAUGAGUGUGAACUUGUGUAAUGUUCGAUUUGACAAUUAAUUAUUGUUAAUUUUGUUACCUGUUGUCUUAAGUAAAUGAGGAUAUACGUUACGUUUGAUUGUGAUGUUUUUCCUUCCUCAUUAGGGAUUUGGGAGGAGCAGUGCUACGUUAAAACGUUCAACACCAAUCACAGAUAUAAAGCAUGUGAACAUGCAUGAAUGUAACCAUGUUCUACACACUGUUGGAAAGCAACUAAGUGCAUUUACUCAAGUACUGUUCUUAAGUACAUGUUUGUGGUAGUUGUACUUAAGUAUUUCCAUUUUCUGCUACUUUUUCCUUCUACUAUACUACAUUUCAGAGGGAUUGUUUGAUACAGAUAUUGAUUAAUACAUUUAUUCGAUAGCUUUGGUUACCAGCACAGAUUCAGAAUAAUGAUGUACUUUUAAUGUGUCAAUAAUUAGAAUCAAAUAAUAUAUAUUAGGCUGAAAUGGGCCAUUCUGAAUAAUGAGUGCUUUUACUUUUGAUAUAUAUUGAUGCUACUGUACCUUUACUUGAGUAAAUCUUUGAAUGUAUGAC